AUGGCAGCGGCAGCAGUUCGACACUUGCUACGACAAAGCCAGACUUUGGCUUUGCCAACGAUUAGUCUCGCCACUGCCGCCGCUGCUGAACAGACUGUACCUGUAACCGCAACAAAGCCCAUGUCUUCCCAAAGUUCUGCGGACGUACCUGCCAAGAUGGAUGCAUCUUCCCCGUCACCACCGCCCACGGCCCACAAGGCGCACUCAUCAUCUACUUCUCCCUCUGCCUCACCAUCCUCGGACCACGACGAGCGACUGUCCGCCCGCGAUGCAGAUUUAUCGGCCGGUGAGCAAGUGGACACCGCCGAAUCACCUGCUUCAAGCGUCUCAACUCGCACGCCUCAACAACAAAGCCAGACCGAGGUCACAGGGCUUGGUAGCCGCGCGACCAGCCAUCAGGACAGCAAGUGCAACAAGGAAGAUGCAGAGGAAACCCCAAAGAGCCCAAGAAAGCGCCCAAAGCGGUGCGAAUCCUCCGAGACACACGACGUCAAGCAGGCCAACGGGCCCAGCAAAGCUCUUGCGCACAAGGGAAGAGGCAAGUCCAAGCCCAAGGCCAAACCAAAGGCAUCAGGCUCACACGCAACGGGCAAUCAAAACCCAAACACGGGCUCAACCACAACAACGGCCCCGACUCCACCCACCACAGUGGUAAACAUUCAGGCCACAUCAGUGGAUACGAGAACAGAGACGGACACGGAUCUGAGCAAGAGCAAGAGCAUCAGUCAGAACAAAACUAAGACCAAACCCAAGAGUUCUUUGACAACAGAUAUUCCUGGCGGACUGACGAAACAGUCUUUGCGCACGUCACCUGUUCUCGGUCAGAGUACAACGUUUAUUGAACACCCAGUGCUGGCUGACUCGCGCAGUACCGCCGUAAAAGCCGAUUUGACCAAGACAACAGACUCCUUGCGCGCAAACUCUGAUUCAAGUCAGCCUCCCGAGACUUCGAAGAUGCCGCGCAUGGUUGAGGGUAAAGACCCAUCCCGACUCUUUUGUCGCUACUGUGGUCGGCGCUUUCAGACAACUGCCCACGUUAGGCGCCACGAACGCAUCCACAGUGGUGAAAAACCUUUCAAGUGCCGUGUGUGUGGCAAGGCCUUUAAUCAGCGCGGGAAUCGCAAUGUACACGAGCGCUCCGCCCAUGGUCAUGUGCAAGCCGAUCCCCACCAUGACUCCCCUGGAGUGUCACUUGCAGACCGCCGACCAGAAGUGCGACCAGACGGCAGCGGCUCGGGACGCACUGACAACGGCACGGCAUUGGGUCAUGUGCCAUCACUCUCGAUGGUGGCGCCCAAUCCCUGGGGUUUCAGUGCCGGUGCACUUCCACAGCCCUCUGGAAACCCAGCAAACAUGUCGCCAUUCCUAAUUCCCGUGACGUACGCCUCGGGCUGGCCGUGGAAUCCUUCCAUGGCCGCUCUUUCCAUGAUGAUGCCUCAAACCAACAUGAUGAACUGGGGAGCCAUGCCUGCCGCAUCAGCCAGCUCACCAACCGCGGCCGCGGCCACUUCUCCUGCCAUUGCCAAUCAAGCCAACCUCAUGGCCAUGAUGCAGCAGUGGAUGCAAGCGUCUGGCAUGCCUUCCAUGCCCUCCACUGCCACGAAUUCGUCGAGUUGA